UUUGGUAAUCGUAAACAGGUUUAUUUUUUGCCACAUUGUGAAUUUAAAGCCAACCUGCCUGUCAAAAUAGCGUCUCCAUGGUAACGUAGUCAUAGUGAGCAUGAGGACAACCAAAGUCAAACAAUCAGAGCUCCCAAGUGUUUGGUCCUAGGGAGCACCCAGUGCGGAGAAGACCAGUGCCGAGAAGACCACGAACAAUACAGACUAAUCAUGUCAGGCACUGAUGUUUGGGUUGGCUCCUGGAGGCCCCACAAGCCUAGAGGCCCCAUCGCUGCACUCUACAGCAGCCCUGGACCCAAGUAUGCCCUGCCUGGAGCGACAGGUCUGAACUACCAUGACCCCAGGAAGCUGAAAGCACCGGCCUUCAGUUUUGGGACACGCCAUCGCCAGUUCAGCUCAGACUGCUCCCCCGGGCCAGGGUACUUGGUUCCCUCCAACAUCACCAGGAUUGGGCGUGACGGGACCCCUGCAUACUCCCUCUACAGCCGCCCCAAUGACCCCCAGCUGUUCCAAACCCCCGGACCUGGACGCUACUCCCCGGAGAGGUCAGGGAAGUCUGCAUAUUACUCUGCCCCUGCCUAUUCCCUGUCUGCCAGGAGCAAAGGCUUCCGCAAUGACCAGACCCCAGGCCCUGCUGCUUACAUGCUGCCGUCUGUGCUGGGGCCAGCCACCGUCAACAAAACCUCCGCCCCUAACUUCUCCCUUCGAGGACGCAGCAAGAUCGGCAGCUUCCACGAGGACCUGCAGAAGACUCCUGGCCCAGGGACAUACAGAGUGGUGGACCCCUGCACCUACAAACACACCCCCCACUACAGCAUGACAGGACGCAACAGCAUGCCUGGAGACACCACCAGGAAACCAGGCCCUGGAGCUCACCACCCUGAACAGGUGACCUUCACCAGGAUCAAACCUCCUAGCUUCUCUUUCGGAAUUCGUCAUUCUGAGUUCAUCGCUCCGCUUAUCGUGGACUUGGCGGAAUAGGAACCCUUCCCAUUCCUCCAUUUACCUCAUUCCUUCCCAACAUCCCUUUUCCUCAUCCCUACCACCUUAUCCCAGCAAUAAAUUCAGCAGUAUCAAAAUGCUCUACAGUGAAGAAAGUAGUUAAUUGUGCCUCAUUGUUCUUAUGUAUUGCCUAUCCUGCAUGGAGAACCAUGAUGCUGGAAGACAAGCUAACCUGACAAUCACAUAAUCCUUGUUGAUGAUUAAAAACAAAAGUAUAUUUUUCAUAUGAAGGCUAUGUUUUAUCACAUCAAUUUGAUUUGAAUAACUGAGGAAAACGGCUAUCACGCAUGCGUGAACGUUAUGAUUACUUAUGUGGGGGAAAAGGAUUAGGCUUGUACUACCCAAACACUAGUUCACCUGUGGCCUCCCUUCAUAUUUUGUGUCACUUGUUGCAUGAAUGCUAUGAUUUCGGGAACACUUUUUUUUGGCCUAAUACUGUUUUAAUUUGCACAUAUUUUACAACAUGAGACUCAGAGUGUGAUAUUAUGCCAAAGGUUUAUGACCACUUUCAGUAUUAAAAUUAUUCUGAAAUACC